ACCCGCAGCUGACCCGCUCCGAGAACCGCCGCCGAGCUCCAUGGCCCACGCCGCGCUCCCCGCCGCGCCCCGCGCUCCCCGGCUCCUGCGGGCCACGCUGCUGCUGCUGCUGCUCCUGGUGGCCUCCGGCCGGCGCGCAGCAGGAGCGCCCGCGCCCACCGAACUGCGCUGCCAGUGCUUGCAGAUGGUACAGGGAAUUCACUUCAAGAACAUCCAGAGCGUGAAGAUGUCGCCCCCGGGUCCGCACUGUGACCAGACUGAAGUCAUAGCCACUCUCAAGUCUGGGCAGGACGUUUGUCUCAACCCUGAGGCUCCCAUGGUGAAGAAAUUCCUGCAGAAGAUGCUCAGCAGGGGCAAUGCCAAUUGACCUGAACAGAAGACAGCCCAAGAGGACCGGGAGUGACACCUGGGGACACGAGCCUUGCACUUAAUGUUUGCCUAUUUCUUAUGAGUGUUCUGUUUAUUGACAUACAUAUUUAUGUAUUUAUUUUCAGAGCUUAUAUAUUAAUAUUUAUUGUAAUAUUUAAAGAUAGGAAUGUGUUCGGGAAUUCACUGUAUUGUUAUUUUAUAAGACUGUUGUUUUUGUUCAGGUUAGUAGUUUUGACUACUUAACUUGAAAUCAGGGAGUUUUAAGUGCUCUUGUAAAGUUAAACUUGUCAUGGGGGUGCAGGGGUGGAGUGGGAUGAAACCGCACCUUUGCUGGUUGCCAUGUUAGAGACUCAGGAUAAACUGUGCCUCCUACAAACACACACAGAGAACAUCAGGCUACAGUUCAGUAGGGGACCCUAGGUGCACAUCUAUUUAGAGGAAUGUCAACUGUUAUUUAUUAAAAGACCUUCAUAAUGUGUGAUCAACAUUUUUGAUGUUGAAGUUCUUUAAGAACCACAGUGUUCUUUUUAAUCCCUUGGACAUUCUAAUGUCUUCCAUGUAAGGCAUAAUGCCUUGUUUAGCACUGGCUUUGUAAUGUCUCUUGGUGUCUUGGAAUCGACUUGUUGAUGUGCUGAUGUAUCUUUACAA